AUGUCUCUUGAAGACAUUUUCAAAUCCUUAGCCACUAGUCCCCAACAAUUCCAAAUAGAGACAAGAACUAGUAUCUCCAAACUUGAAGCACAAAUGGGAGAUAUAGUUACAUCCAUAAGCAAGUUGGAGUCCUGUGGAAAAUUGUCUUCUCAAACCGAAAAGAACCUAAAUGACAAUGUGGUGACCUUGAGAAAUGGCAAACAAACCGGAGCGAGUAGUUCAAAGAAGAAGCCAAGGGUUAAAGAGGAAGAAAUAGAAGUCAUUCCCAUUGAAGAAACUAUAGUCAAGAAUGAUACACAAGCCGGAGUUCUAAAGAAGACUAUUCCCCUCGUAACACCAAUAGCCACACAACCGCCAUUCCCCUCCCGACUUGAGACUUCAAAAAAGAACAUGGAGGAGAAAGAGAUUUUGGACACCUUUCGAAAGGUGGAAGUAAACAUCCAUCUACUUGAUGCAAUCAAGCAAAUCCCUAGAUAUGCAAAGUUUUUGAAAGAGCUUUCUACCAACAAGAGGAAGCUGAAGGGAAAUGAGAAAUUUCCAAUGAAUAAAAACGCAUCCGUGGUUUUACAAAGGAAACUUCCACCCAAAUACAAAGAUACCAGAAUGUUUACGGUUCCCUGCAAGAUUGGGGACGUCACUUUUAGUAGUGUCAUGCUUGAUCUUGCGGCAUCUAUCAAUUUCAUGCCCUAUUCGGUGUAUGAAUCAUUAAAUGUGGGUCCUUUAAGUGAAAUUGGUGUCAUAAUCUCUCUUGCGGAUAAAUCAAGUGUCUUUCCUAGAGGUGUUUUGGAAGAUAUCUUAGUGCAAGUGAAUCAAUUGGUCUUUCCAUCGAAUUUCUAUGUGAUUGAUCUAGAUGAGCAAGUGUCCUCCAAAUCGGCUCUAAUCUUACUUGGGAGACCAUUUUUGAAGAUGGCUAGGACGAAAGUCGAUGUGUAUGCGGGAAGUUUGACAAUAGAGUUUGAUGGUGAAACAAUAAGCUUUAAUAUUUAUGAUGCCAUGAGGUAUCCUAGUGAUGUUUCAUCUUUGUACUUUGUUGAUGUUGUUGAGCCAAUAACCCAAGAAUUGUUCGAGUUGUCUAAUAGUGAUGUGUUGGAAAUGAUCUUAAGCAAGGGGUUUGAUUGUGGGAAGCUAGCCGAGAAAUUAAAGCUUUAUUCUUUGGACCUUGAGAUUGAGAGGUUGGUCAAUAAUUUAGAGGUGAAGAAAUCUACAAGAUUUGAUGUCAAGCAAAUUGAGUUGCCCCCAACCCACAUGAAGUUGUCUCCAUCCCUUGUUCAACCACCCGAAUUAGAAUUGAAAGUCCUACCUCAACACUUAAAGUAUGCUUAUUUAGGAAAGAAUGAAACCCUUCCGGCUAUUAUUUCAACUCAUUUAACCGAAUGUGAAGAAGAGCAACUCCUUAAGGUGUUGAAGGAUCACAAAGAAGCUAUGGGUUGGACUAUCACGUAUAUUAAGGGAUUGAGCCCCUCCACUUGUAUGCACAAGAUCUUGAUGGAGGAUGAAUGCAAGCCAAGUCGAGACGCCCAAAGAAGAUUGAACCCGCCUAUGAUGGAAGUUGUGAAGAAGGAGAUAUUGAAGCUUCUUGAUACGGGGAUGAUCUAUCCAAUCUCGGAUAGCAAGUGGGUGAGUCUGGUCCAAGUGGUACCGAAGAAGAUGAGAAUCACGGUGGUCUAG